GCGCGAAAUUCAGAAACUCACGGCAAAUCCACUGCUCCUAACUUGAAGCUAGACUGAUUUAAUUCUUGACUUAUCAAAAUUCAUUGCCUGGCCCAAUUUGAAAGAUACUCGAAAUCCUUAAUAAAUCUCUCACUCCAACCCCACCCCUCUGCUGCUAUAAAUACUCCCCCCGAAGUCCUCGUUUUGUUUCAUGGCUUGUUAAAGUCUCAGUUUUUGGCGCUAUUCGAUAGCACCAAUUCCAGUUCCAUGACAGACGAGGAAGGAUGAUAUAAAUUCUGGGAAUUUAUUUGAAUGAACACUUCCAACAAAAUUUCUAGAGCCACCACUGGGUGAUAGUAGCAUGGUGAUAACAUUUGCUUUGUAACUGACUUGUAGAUAGUGAAAAUAUCUAUUAUUGUUGGGACGCAAGGAUUUGAGGUUACAAAUGUCUGGUAGUGAAAACGAGAGGCGGUCUAAGAGAUCUAAUUCUUGUGAUGGGCAAGAGAAGAUCAGCUAUUUGCCAGAGGCGGUUCUUUGUCACAUUCUCUCACGUAUUUCUUUCAAAGAAGCAGUUAGAACUAGCAUUCUUGGAACCAGAUGGAAGGACCUUUGGGCUGCUAUGCCCAAUCUCGAAUUUGAUUUCAAAUCAAUGUAUUAUCCCAAUGGACGUCGUUCAGAUUCCAAGGAAAAGCUGAAUGAAUAUAUGAAUUUUGUGGAGAGGGGGUUAAUUUUGCGCGAUGGGCUGAACAUAAAAAAAUUUGUUCUAUCGUGUUUUGAAGUAUCUGAUUUCCCCUCUAUUUAUGCAUGGAUUUGCAACGUGAUUACAUGUAAUGUUCAAGAGCUUGAUGUACGGAUAUCAGUUCACCCUUAUGCUCAGUUGCCUUGGAGCCUCCUCACUUGCAAAACAUUGGUGGUUUUAAAGCUCUCUGGUCGUUUUGUCCUAAAUGUCCCCACCAAUAUUUAUUUACCAAGCCUCACAAUCCUCCAUCUACGAUCACUCGUAUACUUGGAUGAUAUCUCUGUUAGGAAGCUCUUUUCUAGUUGUCCUAUUCUUGAAGAAUUGGAAGUGGUAAGGAGCGACUGGGAUAAUGUACGUUGCUUCAUCGUUAAGGUGCCAUCACUGAGGAGAUUAUCACUCUGCUUUGAUCCAGUAAGUUCGGAAUUCAAGGAUUGUACACGGCACAAAAUCAUGGUUGACACUCCCAAUCUGGAAUACCUGAAGCUUUGUGAUCAUGUGUCAGAAGCCUUUUUGUUCAGUAACCUUCCUUAUCUGGUUGAAGCUGAUCUUGACGUUCAGCUGCCUCACAUGAGUAGUGUAUUUCAUAGUAUCUUUGUGCGGCGUGUAAUUGAGCUUCUCGCGCGGAUUUCUUCUGUCAAAUCUCUAUCAUUAUCCUCGGGCACUCUUCGUGUUCUUGGGUUUUUUCUUGGCGAUGAUUUACCUACAUUUGAUAAUCUGGUGCAUUUGAAACUGGGAAUUGAUCGUACUCAGGACUGGUAUUGGUUGCCAAAUUUACUUGUCAGCUCACCUAAACUAGAAGUCCUUCACUUUGAGGAGGGACUUUUGGACGUUAAGAACCCUGAUGAUUAUGACCGGCACUUCAGGAGCAUGCCAUCCGAAGUGCCUGAAUGUUUGCUUAUGUGCCUGAAGUCUAUUGAAAUUUGUAAGUUCGUGGGAAAGGCAGAUGAGGUGAAACUGAUCAAGUACUUUUUGAAGAAUGCAACAGUUCUGGUGAACAUGACGAUCCGGUGUCAUUGCUUGAAUGUGGUAUGGAACAUUCGCGAAAAACUGUUAGUGAUUCAAGAUGAACUAUGCAAGAGCCCUAGGGGAUCUAGUGCUUGUCAGAUUAAGUUUAUUGUCUGAAAAUCUGAUAAGCAAGUUCAACGUGCACAUUCCUUUUUGUAAUUUCUUUCAUACACAUUAUUUUGGGCUGUUUUGAGACCAAAUGAAUUAUCAAUUUUGUGGAAUAUACAUAGAGUUCUAAGUUCAA